CAAAACAGAGCUCUUCUCAAGAAUCAAGAACUGAUUUUUCUGUUAUAAUUCCCACCCAUUUCGAAACAGAGCUCUUCUCAAUUAGUGGAUUCUCAUUGAUCAACCAACUCUUUUCAGAGCAAUUAUAAAACAGAGCUGGUGAAGCCAUUUCAAAACAGAGCUCGUCUCAAUUAGUAGUAUUCAAGAAUCAAGAACUGAUUAAUUCCCACCCAUUUCAAAACAGAGCUCUUCUCAGUUAGUAGAUUCUCACUGAUCAAUCAACUCUUUUCUCCAGUGAAACAUGUCUGAUCUUUCCUAUUAUUACCUCUACUGUUCUUACUGCGUCGCUAAAAUUGCACUCAUUCAUGAUUACGAUCAGACUGUAGAUGACUUAGAGAAUGCAGGGUUUUUUACUGAAGUGAACAAUGUUCAAGUAGCACAGGACGAGCAAUAUAUUAAAGAUGGCAUGACCUUAGCCAAUGCUUACUGUUCUAACUGUAAAGAACUGCUCGGAUGGGAAGUUAUUGCAGCCUCUCAACCGUCUAGGAGUCGUAGAGUAGGAGGAUUCUUUAUGAAAUUGAAGGAGGUUAACUACUGGAAUGAUGUAUCGUUGCAUGAUCAAAAAAGAAGCGAUAAUGAGCAAAAUGUUGAUCAAGGUGGAGGCGCUAAUGAGCAAAAUGUUGAUCAAGGUGAAGACGCUAAUGAGAAAAAUGUUGAUCAAGGUGAAGGCGCUAAUGUGAAAAAUGUUGAUCUAGGUGAAGGCGCAAAUGAGAAUAAUGUUGAUCUAGGUGGAGGCUCAGGCACUAAUGAGCAAAAUGUUGAUCAAGGUGAAGGCGCUAAUGAGCAAAAUGUUGAUAACGGUAGAGGUGCUAGUGAGCAAAAUGUUGAUCAAGGUGGAGGCACUAAUGAGCAAAACGUUGAUCAAGGUGAAGGCGCUAAUGAGCAAAAUGUAGAUCAAGAUGGAGGCACUAAUGAACGGAAUCAUGAUCAAGAUUCAGGCCGGCCAAUGAAACGACCGAAGAUAUAGAUCAAGUGGCUGAUGGAAUAGAAAAUAUUGAUGAAAAUGUAGACAUUGAUAGGCUACUAAUUCUGAUAUUCUGCUUAUACAAAAUGCGACAAUUCAUAAUUGUGUGA